AUCACAUGAACUUAAAAAUUCAUUUUCAGCCUCUGUUGACUGCUAAAAGGGAAGUACCUUUCCAUAGAUGGGAACCCAUUUAUAUCGGCACAAAAAGUGAACCGUUUUAUAACGAAAAAUUAUCAUGGGAAGGAUUGCAGGAUAAAAUGUUACAGAUGCUCGAAAUGUGCCUUAUAGGAUAUAAAUUUGUUAUUUUGGAUGGACCUUUCUUGGUACACUGGCCCGGCAUUAAAAAAACGAAAACCAAGGAUGGGGAGGCUUGGAGAGACGAAUUCGUAAAGAAGAACUCUGUCGAAUAUCAGAAAAUUCUUCAAGUUUUGUCAAAAAAAUAUAAACCUAACCCUCAAUGCAAAGUGCAGUAGUGGGCUUAUAAAAAUUUAGAUUCUAUAUUAUUUAUUCUACAUUAUUUAUUAUUUUAUAAUUAGGUGAUAUAUAACAAGCAAUUUCAGUAAGACUCUUACAAAUUUUACCAGGAUAUGAAUUAACUGUUUUGCCAUAAUCGAGACAGUAUUAUUUUACCGUCCUUAUUCACGCUCAUUUUUUAUGAAGAUAUUAGUGAUAUCAUUUGCAAGUUGUUAAACUUUAUUACAUAUCUUACGGAUAUUUGUGAAUGGUUAAAAUCUUAUCUUGUUGAAAUUUGAAAUUUUGAAUAGAAUAGCAAAAUAAUGAAAAUAUUAAAAGAAACCAUGUCAAAACUUAAAACUAU